AUGAAUCAAUCAGGUAUGAAACAAUCAAGCUUAUCAAACAUGAACCAAACAGGAACAAGUAAGUCAGGCACAGGUUUACUUGAUAUGAACCAAAUAGUCAUGAACCAACCAAAAAUAAGCACACAUGAUGCGAUCCAUCUGGACAGGAAAUAUUCAAGGGUCAGUCAACCAGGCAUGAAGCAAUCAGGCACCAGUCAAUCAGGCAUGUAUCAAUCAGGCCUAAGCCAAUCAGGCAUGGAUCUACUAGACACAAACCAACCAGGCAUUUUGCAACAAAGCAUGAGUCAACCAGGUAUGAGAGAACCAGGCCCAAGCCAAAGAAACUUGAAUCUACAGGACAUAAGCCAAUCAGGCAUGAAACAACCAGACAUUUUGAAACCAAGCAUGAGCCAAAUAGGUAUGAGAGAACCAGGCCCAAGCCAAAGAUACUUGAAUCUACAGGACAUAAGCCAAUCAGGUAUGAAACAACCAGACAUUUUGAAACCAAGCAUGAGCCAAAUAGGUAUGAGAGAACCAGGCCCAAGCCAAAGAUACUUGAAUCUACAGGACAUAAGCCAAUCAGGCAUGAAACAACCAGGCAUUAUGAAACCAAGCAUGAGCCAAACAGGUAUGAGAGAACCAGGCUCAAGCCAUUCAGGUAUGUAUCUACAGGACAUAAACCAAUCAAGCAUGAAUCAACCAGGCAUUUUGAAACCAGGCAUUUUGAAACCAAGCAUGAGCCAACUAGGUAUGAGAGAACCAGGCCCAAACUAUUCAGGUAUGAAUCUACUGGACAUAAACCAAUCAGGCAUGAAACAAUCAGGCAUUUUGAAACAAGGCAUUUUGAAACCGAGCAUGAGCCAACAAGGUAUGAGAGAACCAGGCCCAAGCUAUUCAGGUAUGAAUCUACUGGACAUAAACCAAUCAGGCAUGAAACAACCAGGCGUUUUUAAACCAGGCAUUUUGAAACCGAGCAUGAGCCAACCAGGUAUGAGAGAACCAAGCCCAAAGCAACCAGGCAUGUUGCAACGCAGCAUUAGUCAACCAGGUAUGAGAGAACUAGGCCCAAGCCAACCAGGAAUGGAUUUACUGGACACAAUCCAAGCAGGCAUGAAACAAUCAGGCAUGUGGCAACCAGGUAUGUGGCAACGAGGCCCAAGCCAUUCUGGCUUGAAUUUACAGGACACACACCAAUCAGGCAUGUGGCAACCAGGCAUGAGGCAAGCAGACACCAGGCAACUAUUCCUGGGUCAACGAAGCACGUGGCAACCAGGUAUAAGCCAACAGUUUCCAAACCAAACAGGCACAUGGAAACCAUACACAAGCCAAUUCAGAAUAAACCAAGCAGAUAUGAGUCAACCAGGCAUGGGCCAACCAGACAUGAGUUUUCCAGGAACAAGCCAACCAGGCAGGAGCCGACGAAGUUCCAGUCAAAUAGGGCCAAUCCACUUAGUCAGGAGUUCAUCAGGAAGGAGCCAGUCAGGUAUGAGCAAAUUUGAAAGGAGUAAAUCACCCCCAAGGAAACCAAUCAUGACUUCUUUCCGAAUAAGACCUGCAGAGGCUCGAGACUGCCCAGAAAUUCUGCAGCUGAUUAAAGAAUUGGCUGCCUGUGAAAAUAUGUUACAUGCAGUGAAGUUAACAGCAAUGGAUUUAUUGAGGGAUGGCUUUGGGGAAAAUCCCCUUUUCUACUGCCUGAUUGCUGAAGUAACCAAUCAACAAACACCAUCAGGCAAAAUGCCCAUUGGAUUUGCCAUGUACUACUUCACGUAUGACCCCUGGAUUGGCAAGUUACUUUACCUAGAGGAUUUUUAUGUCAUUGAAGAAUACCGAGGCCUAGGUAUUGGAGCUCAAAUGCUGAAGAGGCUAAGUCAGAUAGCCAUCAUGAGCCAAUGUAACUGCAUGCACUUUCUUGUUGUCAUUUGGAACCAGGCUUCUAUUGAGUAUUACACAAGUCGAGGGGCUUUAGACCUUUCUUCUGAAGAGGGCUGGCAUUUAUUCAGGUUUAACAGAGAAGAACUCAUGGACAUGGCAGAAGAAGAAUGAAAGUGGCCUCAUAACAACUCAUCCCAACAUAGGCUCCAACAUCUGAAUGUCACCUGAGUCAAACAGCAGUUUGACUUUGAAUGUUGUAAAAUACAACAAAUGAUAAUAUUCUUGUUUGAGCAAAUCUUUUACUUUGAAACAGAUUUUGCAGAUACAGUUAACUAUCCUUUAUCCAAAGUAAUAUAAUAAUGGUUAGAAGCAGUGCUGAUAAUCCAAACGAACAAGUGAUUUCAAAAUCACUUAUGCUUGGUUUUGGCAUAUUUAUUAUUAACGUACCAUAUUUCAUCAAAUUUAUAAUGCUAAUUUUUUCACAUUUUAACAUAUUUGAAAUUGGAAUAGUGUAAUUAUCAACUGGCAUUUUUUUCUUCUUAAAGUUCUAUGAUGUGUUUUACAUUUGAUGAAAUAAAGGUCCUUCUGAAUAGAAAGAGCAGGCUAAAAUAUUCAUUUCACAUACUGACAUUAAAUCCUAAAGAGCUUUCUUGUGAAAAACUAGCAAAUGAACUGAGUCUUUGAGAAGUUUUAAGCUUUAAGCAUCACUACCUCCUAGACAUUAUCCCAGAAUUACAUUUCAUCUCUAAGCACCUAUAGCUUUUUGGUUGUACAUACAUUAGGGCAGAUAUCACAUAUAACAUUCUUAUUUGUAUGUUUCUUUCCUUCCUGAUAGAGUAUAAGUUCUUUACUGAAUUAUAAUUAUUGUUAUCCUGUAACUAGCAACAACCAGCAUGGCAGUAUAUGAGAGUUCUAUGUAUUAGGCAUUUCAUGGGCAUAGAAGAAAAAUUCAGCCACACCCACAAGAAGCCUUGUCUAUGAGAAAAUACUACUAAUAACAAAUGGGGUGGGCUAUUAUAUCUAUAAAUACCAAGUACUUUGGAAUGUAGAAAAAGAACAUUGAAAUCCUACCUUGGAGAAUUGAGAAAGGAGACACUGGUAUUGGAUUUGGAGGAUGGGUACAGAGUUAGAAUGUCGAGCAAGAUGAAACAGAAGAGCAUUCGAAGAGGAAACAUUCACAAAGGCAGAAAAUACUGAGGUAUAAAUUACACAGCAUAUUCAUCAAUGAAUACAAUAGAACAUUUACUGGUAGUAGGUGAAUAGGAAGAAGGAAGAGAAGAUUGGCACUAAUGAACCACUGUACCAACCCUAUAUUGCUCAAUUCCAGGCUUUAAGUAGAUAUUUGUUUAAGCUCCUGCU